AUGAAUAAAAAGUUCAAAAUGUUUCGCCUUUUACGUCAACUCGUGCGCAUAGUCGCUGCAAAGGUGCGGAAGAUUGAAAUGAUCGUGUUCAAUGCAAGCGUUAAAAGAAGGGGAACUAUACACUCAGUAUGCGACCGGGGAACACUAGGACACGCCGCUCGAAGGCGGGGGACCAUCCACUCCAUAUGCGAGGUGAGAUCAACGUUGUACACUUGCUACUCGCUAGAUACUCUCAAAAAACUAAUUAGCAUAAUUCCAAGUUCACUGCCAGUCUUCACACUUUUUAUUCCAAGUUUCUAUACGGUUUUGUUUUUUAUGAAAUAA